UGAAUUGGACAUAUGAAAGCUGAAGAUCGUAAAACCAAAAUUGGACUUGCGGAAAAUUAUUUAGUGUUAAGAACUCUCGAAUUUACUCAAACUUUCAAGUUUCAAAAGUUCAUUCAAAAGUUAACCCAUAUGCAGCGUCUUUAAUUUUUGAGUGCUUUGAAAAGAAGAAUCUAUUUUUAGUAUUAGUGAAUCCUAAAUUUUCUCGGAGUUUCGACAAAGCAAACUUUCGGAUGAACAAAACCAGGAACACUUUUUGACAUUUAGCCAAACAGACCCAUGUAAGAUGCUUAACUUUGUGUAAACUUUGAUUCUGCUUUGAAAUGAGCUCAUCUUACAGCAAAUAUUAGCUUUGUCAAAACAGGGCGCACGAGAUAUCAAGUAUCAAAAAUGAGCCCUAAAUUACUCUUGUGAGCGACAGUAAAUGUACGUCUACUCAGUGUUUGAACUUCAAGAUAUCAUCAGAGAAGAAUUAAAGCUCAGUAUGUUUAUGAAUAAUUUUUGCAGUACUCUCUUACCAAGUGAUCUGCCCCCCGGGUGACUUGUGCCUCUGUUUUCCAAAAAAAUUCUGGUUUUCCGACUUUUUCGGUGUUUUUUUUCUCAAGUUUUAGGGACCCAAAAGUCAUAUUCUACCUUGAAGGAAGCUGAGUUUUCACUUUUGUAUUUAAUUGAACAAUUUCAAAGCUUAAAAAUUUGUUUUGUUUUUUGAUUACCCCAGACAUCCGGCUCAUCAAGUAAUCUAUUCCUCAUAAGUCCGUCACCUUUCAGUUAAGUUUGAAUAUAAAUAUUCAUUUUAUAACAUUCUGAUGAUUCACGUUUCCUUAUUAGUUAUAUAUCAGUCUGAUUAUGUGCCGAGAAUCUUAACUCUAGCCAGCAGGGACUAGAUGAUGCUCAUGUUAACUAGUUCUGGAGGUGUAGCACUUGCAAGCCGUAGUGUCAACAACGUCCAUUCAUGACGAACUUCGCUAUGAUACAGACAAAUAUUGGUUAUGAUCUUAUUCAAACAUCCCGACCAAAUUAGGACGAAAUCGAUUAUUUUCAAUGACACUAAAAUCAAAUGGACUACCUUUUACUCAGUAGCAUCUAUUUGAGUAAACUUAUCGAGUUUGAAUAGCUUAGAGUUCAAAACAAUUCGACAAAUUUGGCCCUCUUUUUGAAUAUCAAAAAUGGGAGAAGCUGAAUUGCACAAUCCCGGCUUGGUUCGGUUUUCCGACGAACACAUGGAGCCUACAACGGAGGCGAACAAUAAUUUAGACAGCGCAACAGCCAACAACGACAACAAUAGCAAAAGCGCAGACACCAAUAAUGUAAACAAUCAGAACACCAAUCACCAAACGUGCAACAAUUCAAAUUCUAGUCCAGAAGGAGGGCAAAGUAUAGAACUAGAGGAGGCGCUGGGGUAUCUCGCUAGUAAAAAGACCUGGCACUUUCUAAUAUUUCUCGCAAUCGCUUCCUUCGACAUUCCAUUUGCAUUUAACCUCAUGAUUCCAGUGUUUCUCGUAGCUCCUAAUGAAGGUCCACAAAGUCCCUGUUUUUACUGUCUGGGCGAUGAAACUGUGCAAAUAGACCCUUACACGAACACAAACACCAGCCUCCUCACCCAAUCACAGCAGAGAUAUACUGUGACGUCAGACCAGUGCUAUUUUGCGCCGGGAGAGGGCGUGGAUGAGUCAUGGCAAAAUGUGACAUGGCGACAGUGCACCAAGUUUGAAGGGAGGUGUGAUAAACCGUACGGUUGGACGCCAGUAAAAGAGUUCAGUCUGUACUGUGAGAGUGGUAAGUGGGUGGAGUUGGCCAAUUCCAUCUUCUACUUGGGGGUACUACUUGGCAGCUUCUUCACAAACUCCAUCUCCGACAGAUUCGGCCGCAAGUGGGUCGUCCUAGGGGGACUGUUCGUCCAAGCCACGUUCGGAAUUCUUACUGGCGUGCUUCCCAGUUUUCCAGUCUUCGUAGCCGGCAGAUUUGUCCAGGGUCUCAUUGCUAAGGCAGUUGGGUAUGUAUCGUACGUAAUGUGUCUGGAGUUCCUGCCUAUUAAGCUGCGCACGUUCUACGGCAUCCUUUACAAUGUGGUGUGGGUGAGUGGGUACUGCAUGGUGGGGGUGUUCGCCUACCUCUGUCAGGACUGGAGGAAACUGACCCUCACACUCAACGCCAUCCUCAUACUCUUCAUUGGACACUGCUGGUUCCUGCCGGAGAGUCCCCAGUUCCACGUGGCCAGCAACCAGGUGGAGAAGGCGAGGAAAGUGAUGAUGAAGGGAGCUAGGAUUAACCGGAUGCAGUUCAACUACCAGCUGAAGCCAGCCAUAGAAGCAGACUCCUCCGAGGCAGUCGGAACCAGAGUCUACACUCCCCUAGACCUGGUCAAGACCCCGAGGAUUCGCGUAUACUUCUUCAUGGUCUCAUCACUUUGGUUCGUGAACAAUCUGGGCUACUACAUGUUGAGUCUGGCCUCGACCAGGUGGGGUGGCAAUGUGUACAUCUCCUUCUGUCUGGGGGGAAUUGUGGAGUUGCCCGCAUACGCCGUCGCAUUCGUACUCGCUGAACGGUAUGGGCGGAAGUGGACGCUGGUGUGCGCGGAGUGGUGUCUGGCAGUAUUCUGUUUUCUCCUCGGCUACUUCAACACCUACCUGCCCGAGUCACACGACUGGGCCGUCAUUGCAGUCGGUAUCUCCUGUAAAUUCUUCGUCGGAAUCACAUUCUCUCUUCUACUACUCAUAGGCACUGAGGUGUUUCCUACUGUGGUUCGUGGCAUGGCAGUGGGGGCUUGUACUCUCAUCGGGGACUUCGGAUCAGUCAUGGCGCCCUCCAUCUUCUUCCUCGAGCAGAUCUACUCGCCUCUGCCGUACCUGAUAGUGGGUGUGGCCUCAGCGCUGGGUGGGUCAAGUGUGAUCUUCAUCGCAGAGACAUGGCACAGACCCCUACCAGUCACCAUUCAGGACACAGAGACACUCCACAAACGACCUCCACUCACGCCGGAGCAGUUGAAAAACAAUGACUUCACUCAAUCACCAGCAGAAAGUGACACCUCGAAGGCGCACCCUCCCAUCAACCACAAAGAUGCACAGAAUGACUGCAAGGUACCGAAGACUAACGGGGUAGAGAAACAAAAGCCCCCCACCAUUAUUCCAGACUGCAAAAUUGACCCAGGGACUCCUGAGGAGGAGUCUUCUAUUUAAGUUAACACUCUCAAAUUAAAUCCAGACUGCUGCUGCAUUAAAACCGUUGUUUGUACCACAAAACCGCUGCCUCUGUAUUCCAACAACUGCAUGACACUUCCUCCAUUCAGUCAGUUCCACGUGGGAAUUUGCCCUGUUUAUUGAGUUAUUUACUGUUCCCGGCGCCCAUCAAAUCCAAUUUCUUACUGUCAUUUUAACAUAUAUUUAGGGCGAUUGUUUAAAUUUAAAACAAAUUUCGAGUCAAAAAAAUCUCAUUUUCAAUUUGGUUUAUUAGUGCGUUUUCUAUAUUGUGCAUGAAACAUGUCUGGUCUGCUCAAGCAACUUGAUGGCAUUUCGUAUUGUUUCUAUUCCUAAUAAAAACUAUUUUGAGCCAACCACCUUUGUGCCGGCGAUGUGAAUCUCAAUUAAAUACAACAAUCACUAUAAGAAGUAGUGAUAACUAUACCGAUUUUUAAAUUUUGCAAAAAUUUUUAAACUUUGCAGAUUUUUGGUGUGACGAGAGAGCAACUAUUAGUGAAAAUGAAUAUUUUUUAAACGCAGACAAACAAUCGCUUUUUAGAUCUGUAAAAAUUAGAUGCGUUAUCUUUUUUAGUCCCCGAUGCUCAUGCUAUCGGGCAAGUAAGCAUUUAGUUUUGGGAUUGAGGUAUUCUGAUAUCAGUAUCAAUAUCUUGAACAAGUUUGUGAAUUGAUGAAAUAUUUUGAAAAAAGGUGAAAAUGAAAUGGCGUGCGAGUGUUUGCUCUUAGUAGUCGGAAUAGUUGUACAAAUAGUUAUGUUUUAUUUCUGCAUUUUAUAAUCUGUCUAUUUUAUAAUCUGUCUAUGCGUUAUACAGAUAGAUAGUCUAUAAAAUCUGUCUGUCUUUAGCUAGUUUAGCAGUUUAAUAUUUACUAACUAGAGAAUGUUAAAUUUCUGAUAUGUACUAAUAAAUUGUGCGAUUACAAAUUAACAGAUUUAUUUCA